AUGGCAGUCCCGGUGUGGACAUCCCAGUUCCGGAAGAAGGAGCUCCUGAAGCACGAACAGCAGCUCAACUGCCAUGGAUCAGCCUUCAAGAAGGUCUCUCGCCUGGACACGGACAAGCUGAAAUCAACAGACACAUCAGGUGUGAAGCUGUUGGUUACAACGCUUGGUGGUUCCUGGGGAAAGACCGAUUUGGAGGAGCGCUAUGAGUACUUCGAGAAGGCCCUCUACCAGACUAUUCAGAAGUCGGAUGGGAGCAACGACAGCUACUUGGCUCGCCAUGAUGCUAACUUCGAAGAGUUGCUGGCUGGGUCCACGACCUUGGAAGAAGUGAGAGCCUAUGUCUUGCUGCGACAAUCCAAUCUGAAUCCGGAGGACAAGAAGAAGAUAGCGGUUGAGCAAUCGGGUAAGCUUCAGUAUGAGCCGGUGGCCAAGGCUGUCCGAUUUUUGGGCAGUCGCUUCUUCCAAGAGUUUCAAGGUGGCCGUCAACCCGAAAGCAAGACCCGCAUCUAUGACGUCAACUUCACGGAAGGCCCUGAAGAACCGACUUUGGGUUCCUCAGGGGCUGAGCGAGCAUUUGCCGCUCAAAACCAGAGUCAGGAUGAAGUCGAGCCAGAGCUUGACGCGGAGUUCAUCGAAGUCAUGGUUGCGCAGGAAGAUCAGGAUGCCCUCAUGGUUGCUGGAUUUGAGAACGAGCUCGAGGAGCUAUUUCAAGAUGUACCAGCCCUUCAUGAGGCCAUGUCCAGCUAUGUGGAGGCCCGGCAGCGCUUGAUGGACAAGCGCAAGACACGUGGCUUCUGGCCAGUCAAAGGCGAGAAGAAGGAAUCCGCCAACGUGGCCAUGUCGGCCACGGAAGCCACAUCGUGA